UCGGGGCCGGCCCAGGGGCCGUAUCCUGUGGUCCCGGGCAUUGAGCCCUAUCCCAAAUGUCUGUGAUCACCAUGACAACGCUGACUUCAGCCUCCGCCACCUACUCAGGCUCAGAGCCACUGGGUGCCGGCUGAUGGAUUGGUGCGAGCACUGGACCGAGGAUGUCCUCGAUGUUCGGCAAACCCCGAACCAGCAGUGAGCGGCCGCCCCAGAGUCCCCUCCCCGAGUGCAACGUGGCCAUCCUGGGGUGCAGAGGGGCCGGCAAGUCAGCUCUGACCGUGAAGUUUCUAACCAAGAGGUUCAUCAGUGAAUAUGAUCCCAACUUGGAGGACACCUACUCCUCAGAGGAGCUGGUGGACCAGCAGCCCGUGCUCCUGAAGGUGAUGGACACUGCUGACCAGGACGGCCCCGGGAACUGCGAGCGUUACCUGUGCUGGGCCAGCGCCUUCCUCGUUGUCUACAGCAUCGACAACAGGAGGAGCUUCGAGGGCUGCCAGCGCUACCUCGAGGUGCUCGCCCUGCACGCGCGGGGCUGCCAGCGCCGCUGCCCCGUGCUCCUGCUGGGAAACAAGCUGGACAUGGAGCAGUACAGGCAGGUGCCCUCAGCAGAAGGGAUGUCCCUUGCCAGCAGGUUCGGGUGCCUCUUCCAUGAGGUGUCGGCGUGCCAGGACUUCGCUCGCGUGCAGCACGUCUUCCACGAGGCCGUGCGGGAGGUGCGGCGCCAGGCGGAGUGGAACCUGCCCGCGCGGCCACUCUUCAUCUCCGAGGAGCGCCCCUGCCCACCCGUGGCCACGCCAGUGGUCCUGCCCACCCACCACAGCUUGGCCACCUGCACCUUCAACACCCUCUCCACCGUCAACUACAAGGAGAUCCCCUCGGUGGCCCAGGCCAAGCUGGUCACCGUCAAGUCCUCGCGGGCUCAAAGCAAAAGGAAGGCUCCCACGCUCACCUUGCUGAAAGGCUUCAAGAUAUUUUAGGACACAUCCCUGUGGGCUGCAGAGAGGGAGGAGAGAGAACCCUCAUCCAUCCCCCCAGGGCUGAGGGGGCUGAGACCUUCCAUGAUGCACUCAGGCAUUGCAGCAGCCGCUGGCAGACGGUGGCCUCAGUCUCCAUGCUGGGGCAAUGCCAGCAGUGGCAACCUGGUGAGCAGGCAGAGUGCCAAGGGUCUGACAGGGGCCGUGGCAUCGCUCUGCCUGCCCCUGCCCAGUGCUGCUGUGGUGUUUGCACCCUGUCCUGCCACUGGCACUAGGGCCAGCUCAGUUUUCUGUGAGGAUGCAGCAGCUCCCAGAGGAGCUGGAGCUGUGGAUCCCAUUGGGAGGGCAAGGGCCGGCCCCACGGCCACCAGCCAGCUUGGGCACUUGGCACACAGCUACAGGAGCCCAGGAAGGGGAAUUAAUCAUUAAUCCAGCAUGGAAGCACCCAUCUCGUUCAUCCCACAAGCCCCCAACUAAGCAAUAAGUAUGAGGAAUUUUUUUAUUUUUUUUUUAAUCCAGAUAAAAAAGGUGCAGGUACUGUUUCAGCCGUUUAAAGGUCUCAGGUAGCCUGAAACUGAUACCCACACAUCAAGCUUAGUCACACCAAAAUUGCUGCUUUUUUAAUCAACUUUUUACACUAUAGCAUCCCUUUCCAAAGGCUUUGCAAGGAGACGCUUUGCUGACAAGGACAUGGUCUGAAAAGCCUUUGUUUAAAAGACUGAUGUAUUUCCAACAAUGUCCUAAAUUAUUUCAUGGCUUCUACAUGUUCCCAGUGAAGGACACAAAGGGAAUCCUGGAGCAGACCAGGCUCUACCUGUGCCCGAGCCAGGGUCAAGGGCUGGGUAUUUGGUUUCAGGUGCUCUAUCAGGUUAAAUGUUCUGCUUCUCCCUGGAGUUGCAGUUCCUUUGCAGAGUAAAAUAUCCAUGUGUAUAUUUGUACAUAUAGCCAUAUAAAUAUAUAUAUAUAUGACCUUACCGACAGAGAGAUGCAAUAUGGCAUUUUGAUCAACCACUUUGCAAAGUAUUUUAAUAAAGAGGAUUCUGAAAAGAAUAAAAA